UAUCAGCCGUGAGUAGUACCCUUCACGAGUGUCUCUCUGCUCCCUUUUAUUAUCCUUAUCAUUAUUAUCAUAUUUCACGGCUAUUAUAAUAUUCGAUCGAUAUUUUCGAUUUUUUUUUCUUUUUCUUUUUUAUUUCUAUCGAGUGUGCAAGAACGUUCGUAAGUUUGUACAAAAAAGAUCCAAAGGAAGAAGAAAAGGAUUCGUCGAGGAGGUAUAUUCGUAUCAUUAUUACUGCUGACAUCGAGUAGAGCAGACAGAACUAAAGUAACAGUCACGGGAAAGAAGACAAAGGAGUGGACGGUAAAUAAAGGAAGAUAAAACAGAAACUUGUUGGGAAAUAAUAAACAUAGUGUAAACUCGUAAAAGGAGAAUUUACGUGAAAGAGAAAGGAAAAUGAAGACGAUACGAACGAUAGUAUGGCUAGUAUUACCAAUCACAAGUUGUCUAGCUUUGCCACCGUCACAACAAGAACACGCUCGUGGCUCGGUUAGAGCAAAACAGACGACACCAACCUUGCCCAAUAGAAUUACUUCUGUCAUCACUUCGACGACCAUACCAUCGGUAACAAGUUCAAGUUCGUCCAUAGCGUCGAGUUCAAUGUCUUCGGUUACAACGCCUAUACCAACAUCUUCAUCAUCGGCAACAACCAUAACAACGUCAUCUUCGUCAACCAAUCCGAUCGUAUCAAUUGCUUCAACCGAACAGAUUAUGUCAAGAACGGCAGCUACUUCCGGUAGCGGAAGUACCGUGUUCUUGUCUUCAACAAGAAAGGUCAGCACGAAACUGGAUGAAUCGACUAGCACGAUGGCCUCUACAUCGGGUAAAGAGACUCGUGAAUCACCUGGGAAGAUUCGACCGCAGAUCAAGCUAACGACAAAUUAUACCAGCGCGAGCGAGACAGGAGUACGAUUGCCGGAAGGAGCAAGCGCGGCAUUGGCGAAGCCCACCAAGUAUCAUUAUUAUCCUCACAAUCAACACAUUUAUUUGCUUCCGGAAUGUGCGGUCCAACAAGUUUGUAAUGCCGUCUACGUGCGAUUGAACUUCACUCAACCGCUUUGCGCCUGUCCGGGACGUUACCGCGACCCUUGCAGCGCUUCCCUUGACAGCGACGAUCAUCACACCACCGAGCUGGUAACCGAUCCACGUACGAAGGCUCUGACACUCGUGAAAACAUGCGAGCCAGUUGCUGAAAUGCGAGAAUGCAGAGCUCCAAGGGAUUGGUCUCUCUUAGCCCUUCAAAAUACACGAACCGGAAAGUCUCACUAUUUGGUGAUAUGCCGAUGUCCGGAUUCAAAUAUACUUGAGGGUCCCAUGAGUCACGAUCAACCGACCUAUGCAAGUGUACCAGGAAUUCGUGUUUAUGGAAUGAUGUGUGUACAAGGAAAUAGAAGAGGCCGGCCAUUACGACAUAUACGUAGUCUUAUGGGUUUUAACGACUUGGAAGAAAAUACCGAAAGAUUUUUAUUCGCUGGAGAAGAUAAACCAGAGUUCCCUUGGGAUAAAGUUCAUCAGUUGAUGAAGAUGGCCGUUUGGGAGUAAUUUACGAUCAGAUCGAACCUUAUUCUCGCUCUCCGUCUUUCUUUCUCUCUCUCUCUCUCUCCUUUCCCUUUCGAUUUUUUCGAUCUAGCCUUUUUCACAAUCGUUCAUCCUUUCUUUGUCCCUCUUUUCUCUACACGUAUCUUUGUUUUUUCUUCUUCUCUUUCUCUUUCUUUCUUUUUUUCCUUUGAAAUCAAACCAUCCAUAUACACAGCUUCAUUUCAUCUUUAUUUAUUACGAUAUCAUCCUUGUCCGCGUUAUCUUUUAGCGUACAAUACUCGUAUAUUUAUAUUAUUCAUUAAGUUAGACAUCGUGAGCUCGGGAUUGGCGUUAAAGCCAGGUGAAUUAGCAGCAGCUCGUAGAUUUCUUCACUUCCUUUCUUCGUUUCUAAUCUUACUUUGUCGCGAUUGAAUUUAACGAACGUGGAGUAUGACGCGUUUAAAAUUUCGUGGCAGAACGUCGAUUGUAAGAAUACAUGUACGUAUAUAUAUGUACAUGUAGACGAUUGAAAAUUUAUGAUGAAUUACGAGAUAUAUAGGUAUAUACAUAGGUUUCUAAACGAGUAGCUUUUUAAUAAUCUGCUACUAUUACAUGCUACUAUUAUUACGAUAAGAUAUCGUCCCUAUUCGUUAUACUAAUCCAACGCGUAAAUUUUAUCUACUAAGGUAGUAUCGAAAUGAAAGCGUUCGUUAGUAAAGACGAUCGCAUAAGAGGAAACUCUAAUAUUGAUUAUAAAUCGUCAGCGAGAUAGGUAGCUCGCUUAAUUGCACGCAUAGGAAAUCGAUUAUCGUUAUUAUUAUCCGCCAUCUUACAAAUUCCAAUCAAGCGCGAUAAAAAUAUAUUUGGCUGUAUGAUGUGCUCUUGCUUCUUCUCAGAUUAUUUAAGAUAUAUAAAUAUUGCGCGCAAUUGAUCUACGAUCGCAGCAACACGAAUUUAAUUAAUUAACUUUUUUUUUUUUUGACACUGAAAUGUUUCCGGAAGAGAGUGCGCUCCUGACGCGCAAUUUAAAUGUAAAGUUAGAUCAGAAUGUUUUUUUUUUUUUAGUCUUGAAAAAUAAGAAAAAAACAAGAAGAAAAGAAAAAGCCAAAAAAAAAGGAAAAAUAUAAAAAAAUAUUAUGUAGAUACGUUUAAACGCCUGCGGAAAAUUCUGUGGCCAUAAACUAUGAAAAAAUAUUUCCUACGUGAAAUCAAUAUAGGAUUGAAUCGAACUUUUGAUUAUUUUAUGUACGAGUGUACGAUAAAAAGUAUUCUGAAAUAUCAAUGCGUUCGUUCAACUCUGAACUUGUAAAUUAUAUAUAUAUAUAUAUAUAUAUAUAUAUAUAUAUAUAUAUAU